CCCAUCCACGCCAGCCGCCCCGUCACCAUUGGAAUCGCCUUUCCCCUUGGAAAUCUGCAGGCGAAUCCGAGAUCCGAGCGCCCCACGCCCCCAACUCCCGCUGGCUGCUUGUUUUUUUUUUUUUAAAAAAAAUCGAAUCGGAUUGCAACUUCUUUAUAUAAGCCGCACUGCCCCACGUUCGCUUUCUCCGACGACCCCGCCGAGCGCGAAAUCGAUAGAUUGAAAUAGGGGAACACUGCGCCGCGGGGUGUGGAAGCCAGCAGCCAGCGCCAGCGCAAAAAUGGAAUCCCUAGCCGCCGCCUCCGUGUUCUCCCCCUCCCGCGUCGCCGCCCCGGCGGCGGGGGCCCUGGUUCGGGCGGGGGCGGUGGUGUCGGCCGGGAUGAGGAGGAGGAGCGGCAGGAGCGGCGGCAUGAGGUGCCGCGCCGUGACGCCGCUGGCGAGCGCGGUGAUGAGCAGGGGCGCCGUGGCGGCGAAGGCGGCGGAGGAGGAGAAGAGGCGGUUCUUCGAGGCGGCGGCGCGGGGGAGCGGGAAGAGCAACCUGGUGCCCAUGUGGGAGUGCAUCGUGUCCGACCACCUCACCCCCGUGCUCGCCUACCGCUGCCUCGUCCCGGAGGACAACGUCGACGCCCCCAGCUUCCUCUUCGAGUCCGUCGAGCAGGGACCUCAGGGCACCACCAACGUCGGCCGCUACAGCAUGGUGGGAGCCCACCCGGUGAUGGAGAUAGUGGCCAAGGAGCACAAGGUCACGAUCAUGGACCACGAGAAGGGCCAGGUGACGGAGCAGGUCGUGGACGAUCCUAUGCAGGUGCCCAGGAACAUGAUGGAGGGAUGGCACCCACAGCAGAUCGACGAGCUCCCUGAAUCCUUCACAGGCGGAUGGGUUGGGUUCUUUUCCUAUGAUACGGUUCGUUAUGUUGAGAAGAAGAAGCUGCCAUUCUCUGGUGCUCCCCAGGACGACAGGAAUCUUCCUGAUGUGCAUUUGGGGCUCUACGAUGAUGUUCUUGUCUUCGAUAAUGUUGAGAAGAAAGUGUAUGUCAUCCAUUGGGUAAAUGUGGACCGGCACGCAUCAAUUGAGGCAGCGUACCAAGAUGGCAGAUCUCGGCUGGACCAGUUGCUGUCCAAAGUGCACAAUUCUAACGUCCCCACGCUCUCUCCAGGAUUUGUGAAGCUGCACACCCGCCAGUUUGGUACACCGUUGAACAAGUCAACCAUGACAAGUGAUGAGUACAAGAAUGCUGUUAUGCAGGCUAAGGAGCAUAUUAUGGCUGGGGACAUCUUCCAGAUCGUUUUGAGUCAGAGGUUUGAGAGGAGAACAUAUGCCAACCCAUUUGAGGUUUAUCGAGCUUUACGAAUAGUGAACCCUAGCCCAUACAUGGCGUAUGUACAGGCAAGAGGCUGUGUCCUAGUUGCAUCUAGCCCUGAAAUUCUUACACGAGUCAGUAAGGGGAAGAUUAUUAAUCGGCCACUAGCUGGAACUGUUCGAAGGGGCAAGACAGAGAAGGAAGAUCAAAUGCAAGAGCAACAACUAUUAAGUGAUGAAAAACAGUGUGCUGAGCACAUUAUGCUUGUAGACUUGGGGAGGAAUGAUGUUGGCAAGGUCUCCAAACCUGGAUCAGUAAAGGUGGAAAAGUUAAUGAACAUUGAGCGAUACUCCCAUGUUAUGCACAUCAGCUCCACGGUUAGUGGACAGUUGGAUGAUCGUCUCCAGAGCUGGGAUGCCCUGAGAGCUGCAUUGCCUGUGGGAACAGUCAGUGGUGCACCAAAGGUGAAAGCCAUGGAGUUGAUAGACGAGUUGGAAGUCACAAGGCGAGGACCAUAUAGUGGUGGUUUAGGAGGGAUAUCAUUUGAUGGCAACAUGCAAAUCGCACUUGCUCUCCGAACCAUUGUAUUCUCAACGGCACCAAGCCACAACACGAUGUACUCAUACAAAGCUGCUGAUAGGCGUCGGGAGUGGGUUGCUCAUCUUCAGGCUGGAGCGGGCAUUGUUGCUGACAGUAGCCCAGAUGAUGAACAGCGCGAAUGCGAGAAUAAGGCUGCAGCAUUAGCUCGGGCUAUCGAUCUUGCGGAGUCAGCUUUUGUAGACAAGGAAUAGUGUGCCAAGAGAAUUAUUUGUUAGUUCUAGUAAAUGUUUCUUUACCCACUUCCUGUUAAGAAAGGUGUCAUUAGUGGGUGGAGAAAAGCAAUAAGCUUAUUAUGUUCUCCCGCAAAACGAAUAAAUCUGGGAACUGUGGAUGUUCCCUUUUUUGGUAUCCUAGAAGUAUGUAAAUGUAUUGUUAGAUUGUCAUCUUUCUGAUUGGAUGUCUAUAGACUCUUUAAUUCUUGCUC